AUGGAAGACUCUCGGACUCCCAUGGGAGAACACCCUGAGAACAAUCUGGAACAUCUUUCCUUAUCCAAUGACAUUGAAAAAGACGUUUCGAACAACGUUUCCAAAAACGGCUCCAAAAACGGCUCCCAAAACGGCUCCCAAAACGGCUCCCAAAACGGCUCCCAAAACGGCUCCCAAAACGGCUCCCAAAACGGCUCGGCACAAGCCUCUCGAGCUGCUUCGCAUACCCGCUCAGAUGGAGGCUCAGGCGGCCUUGCCCUAGAGAGUUCGACAUCCCGACCCAAUUCGAGUCCUCUGUCCAACGAGUUAUUUGUGCCACAAGACAGCACACUUAUAGACCCCGCGGAAGCGCAAAUAUACCAAUCCACCCACCAACAUGAACAUGGCAAAGAGUCCGAUUCCUCUGAAGAUGACCAAUCCUCGGUGGCAGCCUCACUUGAUGUGGAAUCCUCACACCAAGAUGCCGAAGAUAUGUCUUCGUCGGCUCAGACCAAUUCCCAGUCAAGCUUUUCCCCGGAAACGAACGACGAGGUGGAUGAAGUUUUGAACUUCGAUAGUCCCGUGGGCAGUCCCUUAAAGAGGGGUAAGAGAACCCGUGGUCCUAAACGACCAAAGAAGGCCCCCAAUCGGCAGGCCGUCGCGAGCACGGAUAUUGAAGAGCUUUGCACAGUGGAUUACGUCGGAGCUGCCAAUGCCAAUGUGUUACUCGGCCCUACUCCAGAGUCCAAAAAGGCAGACAAGAGAAAGGCCAUGAAUGAGAUAAUUGCCAAUGUUUCCGAGGAGGAUAAACCGGUCGCAAAAGCAGACGCUGCCAGGUUGAUUGAGGCCUCCAAAAGAUUUCGUGGACUGGCAAAGCACACAUCAGGCAGAUGGGCCAUCAAGGGAAUGAAAACAAGCCUAUACCAUUACCAGCUCGAAGCGUGGGCUUGGAUUGUGAGGAAAAUCUUGAUCAACUUUCUUUGGGACGAUAUGCUGACAGAGACAGAUUGA